GGCGCGCUGCGCGGACUCAUAACAUUCAUAUGUUGGCGAAACUACGAUUCAAACUCUGUUACAUUUGCGUUGUCGUUGCGUGUUGUUAUUUACUGUUGUGGUAAUCAUCUGUGUUGUUUUACAAUGUCAUAACUUUCACCAGCAAACGAAAUAUGCAGAAUUUAUGUCUGUUGUCGUUUAUUUAGAUUUGUAUUAAUGGCCAGUAAGAAGUUACGGAGGUCAGGUGUCUCAGCUGAUCUAUGCGAUCGACUCAAGCGUCAUCAAGUGGAAACAUGCCAGGAUCUGCUGUCCAUCACACCUCUUGAACUCAUGCGCUUGGCUGGACUCAGUUAUUCAGCUGUUUUGGACUUGCAACGUCUGGUCAGUAAAGCAUGUGUGCCGGCUGUGACCACCGCAUUGGAUUUGUGGAGGAAGAAGGGAGAGCUGUGUUUCUCCACAUCACUUCCUGCCCUGGACAGACUACUUCAGGGAGGUCUGCCACGAGGUGCUCUCACUGAGGUGACUGGCCCAUCAGGCUGUGGGAAGACUCAGAUAUGUAUUAUGCUUAGUUUGCUGGCCACUCUGCCGAAGAGUAUGGGAGGUCUGGACAGUGGAGUCAUCUACAUCGACACAGAGUCGGCAUUCUCUGCUGAGAGGUUGAUAGAAAUGGCACAGACCAGAUUCCCAGAAUUCUUCUCUGUGAAGGAGCGUGUGCUGGAGAUGGCAUCUCGGGUUCAUCUCUUCAGGGAAUUGACCUGUCAAGAUGUCCUGAAUAGGCUAGAGCAUCUGGAGGAGGACAUCAUUGCGUGUCGAGCGGGGCUUCUUAUUUUGGACUCUGUGGCCUCUGUUGUGAGGAAGGAGUUUGAUACAUCACUGCCUGGUAAUCUAACACACAGGAGUAACUUACUGGGCCAGGAGGCUGCAAUGCUGAAGUACCUCGCACAGGAGUUCUGCAUUCCAGUGGUUUUAACUAACCAGAUCACCACACAUGUGGGCGAGAAGGUUCACUAUCCUCAGCGGACUCGGUCAGACGGAUCUAGCGAGGAGGAGUCGGGGUUUAUAACAGCAGCACUGGGAAACACAUGGAGUCAUAGCGUUAAUACUCGCCUCAUCGUUCAGUAUAAAGACUCAGAACAGAGACAGAUUCUCAUAGCUAAGUCACCUGUGGCCCCUUUUGCCGUGCUGAGCUACACUGUUCAGAGGGAGGGCAUCUGUCUGCACGGGGAUGAUAACCCAGAACAUUUUUUAAACCAAGGAACAGAUCCGGGGCUUCAGCCAAUCAGAGUGAGGACGGGGUUAAGCUACAACCUAUCCCAGGCCAUGCCCUCUACAUGUUGACAACUCCUUUGGCUGCAGAACUAAGUGACUGUUAUUGACCUGUACAGUUAUUUUUAAUGCCAAUAAACACGUGAAGUGA